CGUGUGCCCACUUGGAGGUAUCUAUAUCAUGGCAAUUUUAGCAAUCUCAGCCCAACUCCAUGACUUGGAGCAUACCACGGGGCUGAGGUACCUCUUGUUUUUGGAAAUUAUGAUAUAUCCACGACAAUCCCCGAGGAAAUUGAAGCCAGCCGAUACAUGCAAGGUAAUCCCUUCCCAGAUGACUGGAGCCUGGGUUGCAUUUGCCAACAACCCUCGUACAGGACUGAUCACAUAUGGAUGGCCAAGGUUCAGCUUCGAUGGUAGAUGUCCUCUUUCCAUAUUUAAUUCCCGAAGCUGA